CGUGGAUCCAACCCAAAGCGCUCCAACCCAUUUCAAAAAUUUGGAGCACAAAUUAAAGAAAGGGGGAAAAAAAAAAAAAGAAGAAAGAGAAAAAAAGAAAAGGAGCGGUAUCACUUCCCAAAUAAAGCCGAGGGAGAGGACGAAAUAUAAAAAAAACCAAUAAAGGCGACGCUUAUCGCCAUCCCACGCCAGCGAUCCGCGUGCUCCCAGAUUCCACCAAUCCUUACUCUCCGAUCUCUCUCGUGCUGCAUCAUCUCGACCGCCCGUUGACAUACCAAUACGAACACCUCCCUCCCCUUUAUUUAUCCUCUCGCAUUUCUGUGUUUUUUUUUUUCCCCCCUUUUUUAUCUUAAUAUAAUAAUAACUUUCCCUUUUUAUUUCUUCUCCUCUUCACCCCCCAUUCUCCGAUCCAUCUCCCAACCCCACCGUUUCAAAUCCUCCCCUCUCUCUCUCUCUCUCUCUCUCUCUCUCUCUCUCUGCUACGCAAAAGGAGCUUAGCUUCAUCCAUGGCUACAGAAGAAGUGAGCAAGCCCCCCUCUCUUCCUCCGUAUCCUGAGAUGAUCAUGGCGGCGAUAGCGGCGCUGAACGAGACGAACGGGUCGAACAAGUCGGCGAUCGCCAAGUACAUCGAGUCCAAGUACGGGGGGGAGCUCCCGGAGUCGCACGCCUCGCUCCUCACGGCGCACCUUGCGCGCAUGAAGGAGAGCGGCGACCUCCUCUUCCUCAAGAACAACUACCUCCGCCCCGGCGUCGACACCCCACCCAAACGCGGCCGCGGCCGCCCUCCCAAGCCCAAGGUCCCCGGCUCCGCCCCCGCCCCUGCCGCCGCCGCAGCCGCCGCCGCCUCGCCGCGCCCCCGCGGCCGCCCCCCCAAGCCCAGGGACCCCCUCGCCGCCGCCGCCGCCCGGGCCGCCGCCGGGAUGCCAAGGCCCCGCGGCCGCCCCCCCAAGAAGGCCCGCGCCGCCGAUGUCUCCGCCGUCCCCGCCGCCGCCGCCGCCGCCGCGCCGGGCGGUAAGCGGGGCCGGGGGAGGCCCCCGAAGGUGAAGCCCGCGGUCGCCACUGACGAACAGUGACGAUGGGGGCGGGUGGCUUGGUUAGGGAAGGUGGUUAAACCCUAAUUAUUAAUCCUUUCAAUCUUAUCGUCCUUCUUAUCCUUCUCCUUGUUGUUGUUGUUGUUGUUGUUGCUGUUUAGUUGUUCCUUUUUUUUUCGUUUUUCUUCUUAUUUAUCUCCCUCUCUCUCUCUCUCUCUCUGUUUAGAUUCUCUCUAAUUGUUGGAUGGCGUAGGAUGCAAGUGGUGGGGGUGUUGUUGUACUCUAGCUUUAGAUGAUGAUGAUGAUGCAUGUAUGUACAUUAUCCGAAACCCUAAGCUGACCCUUCUAUUGAAAGCGACCGAAUUAAUUAAUUAUUGACCCCUCCUCUUGUUGUUUGA